AUGAGCAGUGUUUUUAUUUAACUUUUUACGCGUUUAAAAAUCACAGUUGCAUUGUUUAGUGAAACCGUCAACUGAAAAUGAUAUACGUUGUAGCACAUGCGAGUUAAAAGUAAGUCGAAGGGAGGCUAAACAUUUUAUUUUGGCCAAACUGCGUGCGUGGAUGCGUUUCGGAUACCAUAAACAGAAACAGCAACAGCAACAAACACUCCGGCAUUGGAUAACAAUCAGUUUGUAGCUACGUUUGGCUUAAAACAUUUAACAAUUAAUACGUCUCACAGAAAAGAAUCUAAACGAAGCUAUUAAAGUGUCAAUAAAAGCAAAAACGACAACAACAAUACGAUACUGUCAAAGGUGUUGGCGCGGGGGUGGCGGACGGACGGCCGACAACAAUCAAAAGUAUGAGUAAUACCGUAGAAAGUAACGGCAAUAGACGCACCGUUGAUUGGCAACGCUUUGGUCUUGGUGGCGACGAUGAAGGCGAGAUAACGGUAGCCAGCUUUCGCCAACGAAGCAACAACAACACUGGUGGCUUCGUGGAUCUGGGCAAUGAGUAUACGUACGCAGCCGGCGGACAUCAUGCGUCUGGCGCCAACGAAAUCUUUGCCGGAGAGCAAGGUGAUAAACCCUGGUGGCGCUCGAAUUUCUUCAUCUCGCAGCCGGUGCUAUUUGGCACAUGGGAUGGCGUGUUUACCUCUUGCCUGAUUAAUGUUUUUGGCGUUAUCGUGUUCCUGCGCUCCGGCUGGAUUGUGGCCCAGGCAGGCAUCAUCAAUGCUGUUCUCAUCAUUUUCUGCACUGUGGUCAUUGCCUUGGUCAGCGUGCUCUCGGCAAUUGGCAUUUGUGAGAGAUGUCGCGUGGAGAGCGGCGGUGUUUAUUUUCUUAUAGCACACACGCUAGGCUCCCGAUUUGGCGGUGCUCUCGGCUUACUCUACUGUUUUGGUCAGGCCGUUGGCUGUGCCCUCAACGUGAUGGGUUUUGGUGAAUCAAUGGCAGGUCUGGUGGGACUCGAGGGCAACAAGUGGGCCAUACGUGGCUUCGCGACUGCCGCCGUUCUACUGCUCGGCUGUAUCAAUGUGGCUGGCGUAAAGUGGGUCAUUAAGCUGCAGUUUAUACUGCUGAUGGUAUUGCUUAUAUCGGCGUUAGAUUUCAUGGUAGGCAGCUUUGUGGGCGAGGAUCCAGAUAAUGACUUCGAUGGCUGGAUGAGCGGAAAUUUUGUGGAAAACCUUUGGCCAAAAUAUGAAGAUGGAUAUUCAUGGUUUCGAGUUUUUGGCGUCUUCUUUCCAACCGUCACGGGCGUCUUAUCCGGCAUCAAUAUGAGCGGCGAUUUGCGCGCUCCAUCCACAGACAUUCCUAAUGGCACGCUGGCAGCAUUUGGCACUUCCACAUUUCUGUAUUUAGUGUUUGUGCUAUUUUUGGGUGCCACAUGCAAGCGUGCCACAUUAUACACUGACUUCAUGAUCUCUGUGAAGGUUUCGGCCGUUCACUUUCUGCUGCUGGCGGGCAUCUAUGUGUCCAGCAUGUCCUCCUGUCUGGGUGCCAUGUACGGCACGCCGCGCGUCCUGCAGAGCAUUGCCAAGGAGAACGUCAUACCUGGUAUUGAUGCACUGGGCAAGGGUCGCGGCCCCAAUAAAGUGCCACUGUACGCAAUGGCUGUUGUGGCUUUGGUUACGGUCACCUUUAUUAUCGUAGGCGACAUUAACUUUCUGGCGCCCAUUGUAACAAUGCCAUUCCUGAUGACGUACGCUUGUAUAGACUACGCGUACUUCGCACUGGCUCAAACCUUUGACAUACAGGAGCAGCGUGAGGAACGUUUUCGUAUACAAGCUUCCAGUCCAAGCUACGAGACGCGUCGCUAUGGCAGUGUAUCGGAUGGUGGCAAUGAUCUGGAUUUGCUAUUUCCAGAUCGGGUGCGCCACAAGAACCUGCAAAGUCCACAAAACUCACCAAUGCAUCAGGCGCAAGCAAUGCCAUCAGUGCCUGUUGAGAACAUUGUAAGUUUCGAUGCGCCAGCGCCCAGUACUUCAUCUGGGCAAGAAACGGCAACAAUGACGGACAGCACUGGCGUGAUCGUCGAACAGUCCACAGCACAGGCUAGCAGCGAAGUGGAGGAUGAGAAUGAGCCCAUUGCUCCGAUUCGCCCGCCUAUACAUUCUAAGACGAAAAACUGGUACUCUGGCUUCUGCAAUCGUUGGGCCUCGUUGCUGGGCGCGCUCACCAAACUGCUAGUCAUGCUGUUGGUGAACUGGUAUUAUGCCUUAACUUGUUUUUUGGUCGUAUUCGUUGUUUGGUUCUAUGUGGGCACAGCUAAUCCCGCCGUCAAGCCUGGCCUGACGGCAGAGUUCAACUUUUUUGGCUGGCUCAAGAGCGUCAUCUUCCGUUGCUUUGGAAAACGCAUGCACGAGUACGAACAAAUUGUGGUGACGCCCUCUUGCCCGGGCGUCGAUCUGUCGCCCACACAACUGAAUGAGCAGAACGAGGACUUUAGACCGCGUCCCAAUUACCAUCAUUCUUCGGUAAUAGAGGGUCGGCUGAUAGAUGAUAUCUAGACUUUUGGCCAUGGGCCGUAAACAGUGGGAACAUGGGUUAUGGGGAGCCGCGGCGAGCAAUAUUUUGAGUGCAUUUUGCUAAUACUAAACCAUAUAAAUUAUAACGUACAUUUAUAAAGUGCAACGCUAAGGAUAAUUAUGUUUAAUCCAGCACGUGCAUUUAGAAGCGAUCUUCCCACACACACUCAAAAACCUAACCCAGCGCACAUUGCAGCUUUAGCUAAAUUAAAAUUACUUGUGUACUAAUUAUAUAAUAAUCUAAGUUGAAGAAUUUAACCUGCUUUUAAUAUGUUCCUUUCUUGUGUAAAGUCUUUUUGCUAUUUUGCCAUUGUUUAGUUCUAUGGAAAGCCUGUAAAAUUGUUGCUUAAUAGAUAUGUUUCCGUACAUUUUGUACCGUCUCAAAGCACAUACAUAGUUUAUUUGAGGAAACAUAUGUGAUACUGAGAUAAUAAGUAAAACAAUCAAAAAACCAAGAAGAAAA